AUGGCCUGUGAAUUUAACCUGAACUUCCUUAAGGAAUUAGAACGAGAGGCUGUUCUGGAAGUCCUAUACCGUGACCAGAUGGUGAGAAAAACGGAGGAGGAAAGAAUAAGGAAAAUGAAACAGCAGCUGCAGCAACUUCGGUGGAAGGGGGCAAAAAAUGCAAGGCAUGAGUACCAGGAGAGGUCUUGUGCUCGCUGCCAGAAGUCUCUGGGGCUGCUGGUGAACAGAGGCGCUGUGUGCAAUGGCUGCAGCCACCGCGUGUGCUCGGAGUGCCGCGUCUGCCUGAACCCCUGCCUUUGGAAAUGCACCAUUUGCUAUGCUCAUGGAGAUGUGAAAGUGAAGGCUGGUGAAUGGUUCUUUGAGGAACGAGCAAAGAAAUAUCCAGGUGAAGGCAGACAUGAAACAGUUGGUGCAAAGCUCUUGGAAUCUUACCAGAAUCUGAGUAAAAUUUCUGUUGUACCUCCAACUCCACCUCCUUUCACAGAAUCACCAGCAGGAACCAAUGUGAUGGGUAAUGAACUUGGAGAGUCUAAAAGGUUUAAUAAAUCUGUGGAAAACUUGUUUUUGUCUCUCACAACGCACAUAAAAAAAAUAUCAAAGUCCCAGAAUGAUAUGGCUGACAGAUGUGUCCUAACCACAGAUUAUGGGAAGAAUGUGGAAAGAAGAAAGCAAAGAAGGAGCCAGUCUGACACUGCAAUCAAUGUUACAAGCAGGAUGAAAAGUACCCCCAGUCUGCAACAGCUCAUCACUGGGGCCCAAAAUGACAGUGAAACUCGGAGCAAAAGUAGUUGCAAGGAAGAAGAAGACAUAACAACCAGUCCCACGAGUGAUACAGUUUUCUGUGAUGGCAAAAAACAUGGGAGCUUGUAUAGUCUUAGCAGCACUUGCACUGAGUCUGGCAAUUUUGGCAAGGCUAACAUCACAGGAGAAAUAGAGUUUGCCUUAAAGUACAACUUCAGAGCUUGCAUCUUAGAAAUCUGCAUCAAGGCAUGCAAGAACCUGGCUUAUGGAGAGGAGAAGAGGAAAAAGUGUAACCCGUAUGUGAAGGUUUAUUUACUUCCUGAUAAAUCUCCUUGGAGUAAGAGGAAGACAGCUGUCAAAAAGAGCACAGUGGAUCCAGAGUUUGAUGAGACUUUGAAGUACAAGAUUGAACACUCCCAGCUGAGAAGUCGGCAGCUUCAGAUCUCUGUGUGGCAUGCAGGAGCUCUCAAAUACAGGGUGUUUUUGGGGGAAGUGGUGAUUCCCCUGGCAGCAUGGAAUUUUGAGGAAGACUCGAUGCAGUUUGACUGGUAUCCACUCAAACCCAAGCUUGAGAAGCCUGAAGAUCUUAUCCAGUACAGUGCUGAACUCCUCGUGUCUGCAAGGCUGUCGGUACCAGCCCAGUAUCAGAACCUCCAGUCUGAAGGAAACAAAGACCAAGGAGUUCUCAACUGCCAGCUUCAGGUUAUGAUAUUUGGGGCCAAGAACUUGCCCAUGCUGAGAUCUGCUGGAAUGGUGAACUCCUUUGUUAAAGGUUGUCUUAUCCUUCCAGGCCAAGCAGAGGUAAAGCAAAAGUCUCCUGUCCUGAAGAAAGAAGCCUGUCCACAGUGGAAACACUUGUUUGUCUUUGAUGGUGUGACCCCAGCUCAGCUACAGCAAUCAUGUCUACACCUGACUGUCUGGCACAAGUCAAUUUUCAGCUCAAGUGAUCAAUUCCUAGGAGGAGCCAAGCUUGGUGCAAAGGAAUUCUUUGGCUCUAUGGACCUUGCUUCUCAGGGAGUGCUCCAAUGGCAGGAAGUGCUCCACAACCCAAACACAUGGAUGGACUUCACACUUGUACUGCAUCCAAACAAGGAAAACUUUAAAUCAUGA